CAAAACCUUCAAUUCACCCAAACACACCGAUCAGCGCUUCUUUUUGUCCCCUCCUCUUGCACUCGUCUCCUAAUUCCGCCCCCACCGUCAGAAAUGGCGCCCCCCGAGUCACAGGGCGAGGUACCUGUUUCCCACGGCCACAACCUCAAUAUGACCAUCCCCGGCCCAGGCGUCAACGAUAAACCUGCAAGACCUGUCGGGAAGCUGGUCUUCCCGGACAAAAAUACCUUCGACAGCAGGCCCCUGACGCCUUUGGUUGGCGGGGCGGAGAAGGGGGGCAAGGCGGUGCGAGUGGUGAAGAAUGCGACCAGCGGGUUUUGGGACCCACGGACACCUGCAGCUGAGCUGGAGGGGAGGAAAACGUGAGCUGGGAUGAGCUGUGGAUGAGGGGAUGGGAUGGGGAGGGUGGAGGCCGGAGGGGAGAGAAUGUGUGUGUGUUUGCGUGCUGUGUGGUUGCAGGCGGAGAGGGCCUGGGCAGUUCCAGUCGCGCUUGAAGAGCGUCCCCUACCUACAUGCCGGUACGCAGCCGAUGGCCCAAUCUCUCUGUGUGUCUGUCUGUUUGACUAUUGUCAUGUUCUGACGUCAGUCUAUAUCGACGCACCCCGCAAGCUGACGAUGAAGCGGCUGCCCGAGGUCGCGCACAUCGGGCGGGGCGAGCGGACGAGACACUCCUACUCAUCCAGACACCUCGACACACACGAGCGGCUCUUCUCCACGCAGACCAUAUCAAGCACGGUAGGUGCCGGGUGUCUCUUUCUCUGUGGGUCGACAUAUGUACGAUGUCUGCGUGUCUUGUGUUACCAGAUGCGCUUGCGCGGCGCGGAGGCGAGCCGCAUCGCUGCGAUCGGCAGACAUGGAGAGGGGGGGUAUCUGCACGAAGUGGAGGAUUCGCUGCCUCCCAGCGCCUGGAUCAGCUACCGCGCCGCGCGGGCCGCGAGUAUGCCCCACUUGCAGCGGCGUCAGAGGCAGCCGUCGCCCACACAUCCCGCGGUAGGCUGGUGUCUCCUUAGACCUGUGUUUUUCAUCACCUUUCUGUAUGUGUAUCUGUAGGUGUACAGCGCGAGCCGCAUGGGCGGUUGGGCGAUGGACAGACCCGCUGUGUCUUUCGAUCUCAAGGCGGCCGAAAAGGUGGGCGCGGGACAAGGAGGGCAGGGGAAGUCAUUGAUUCCUUCCUUCGUGUGGGUGGGCGCUUCCCCAUGUGUGCAGCCGGUCAAGUACGUGCAGGGCCGGCCUCCCGACCAUCCUGAGGUACCACGCAAGACAGACAAUGCACUAGAAAAGGCCAUCCCACUGUCCUCCAUUCUUUAGGCGUUGAGUGACAUGUACACGCCGUCAGCCAGGAUCAGCGGCCACCCCGAGACCCCCAUUUGCGCCCCACACAUCGACCGGGGGCUGAGCGCAACCACACCGAGACACUUCAAAGCUCCGCCACCUAGUGCAUCCACUGUGGCAGCGGUAGGCCACACACACACAGACAGGCAGACAGAAAUGAGAAUGCACCCAUCCAGCGGGAUGUCUCGUUCGUCAGGCUUGUUUGUCGAUUCCCACGUUGAAGCUGGAUGGCAAAAUCGACAUUGAUGGCACGGAUGUGUCGCCGUCCGGUCGCGGGCCGGCACCUGCGCCCACGACCGACGAACGGCUGGACUGGUUCAGGGGCGGGCUGAAGCGCUUUCCCGACACGAUCGCUGGCAAGGGGCUGGGCACCUCUCGUGUGAUUGCGCAGGGCGAGUACCUGGACCUCCUUGAGGGAACGGCAGGGCCGGGGCUCUCUGACAGCACCCGAUCGCUGGCGGGAAGCGCCAGCCAGCCUGACCUGUAAGCCACAGGCCUUCCUUGAUGCAUGGAGGAAGGCCAUGGCCUUCUCUCUCUCUCUCUCUCUCUGUGUGUGUGUGUAGCCGUCAGCUGGUCGGCGAGUCGCCAGCUGACGAGUCGCCUGUGUCGGCUCUUCCCGCCACAGGGAUGCUGACGUCUCGCGGCGCCAUAGCGUCCAACUUCAAGUAUGAGGAGAUGACGAGCGACCCCAUCCUGGCAUACACACGGCCGUCAUUCACCGCCACAAAGACCGGGGAGGUAAUUAGUGCGGCCGGCACAGCACAGACAGACGGUGCAUCCGCGUGUGUUGCCUUGGUGGUCAGCGCGGCAUCCGCAUCACCAAGAUGGAUCCCCCGGCCAGUAAGGUGCACCCAUGGGACGACCUCAAGCCACAGACACCAGAAGUCCGGCUCAACCCGCCGUACGCGAGACACACUCACUCACAGACACACCCUCUCCCCCCAAUGCACCCUGCUGCCUCUAUAUGCAGUGUGUGGUUCCUGGACCCUGUCCACGAGCCCCUGCCCACUGACCGCAUGACGCGUGACCGCCGUGAUGUGGCAUCACAGCUGUACUGGAACCAGGCUGUCAGCAAUCCGUGCGACCGAAGCCCGGAGGAAUACUACUUCGCUACGGAAGCGGUGAGCCGAUCCGAUAGAGCAGCAAGGAUCCAUGUGUCCUCCCUGUUCGUCCGUAUAAUUGUCAGAAUCCCAGCCGUCGCCGCGACUACUCUGAGGGCUACAUUCUGCCUGCGGGCAUUCAGGACACCAGGCCGCCGUUCCAUCAGGUGAGUGAGGGGGACAUGAAGGGGUGCCCAUCCCAUCUUGCGUAUGUAUGUCUGUGCGACUAUGCGUCCGUGCGUGUGCAGCUGAUCACGCCUCGGAUGCAGCAGGAGGGCAAGAUGAAUAUGCGUCUCACAUAGGCGUCUUGAUGAUGGAUGGGGCUUCUGGGUGAAAUGGGAAGUGUGGUUUGUCCGAAAACAGCGACGAGCCUCACUGUCAGUCACUGCUCUAUAAAGGGGAUGCCCGACGCGUGUCUGUCUCUAAGGUCAACUGUUCUGGCGUUUAAGGCCUUCUCGAUUGGCCGUGUGUCUGUCUGUCCAACUGUCUGUCUGUCUGUCUGUCUGAAUGCCUGAGUGUGUCCCGCUGAAGCUCAGCAGAUCUGUCCGUUACAGUCUGUCUGUCUGGUUGACCUUCCUUAAGGGAGACGGGGGGAGUGUUGUUCAGUUGGCUCAGUGCAAAUGCAGUGUCGGUGUCUGGUCGGCGGACGAAGGAAGGAACAAAGGGAGAGAGGACGGACUAGGGGUGAGAUGGAGAUGGACAGAUAGAGACGAUGGAUGGAGGGAGGGAGGGGCGAGUGGGUGGAUGGAUGGACUGAGUGACUCAUGGGCGGUACCGAUUUGAU